GUACAAGUGCAAGACGCUCAAGCGCGCCGCCCUCGGCCGCAUGUGCACGGCGGUCAAGAAGCUUGCCGGCUCCCUGGCGUACCUGGAGGAGGUCCGGCAGCACCUGGGGCGCCUGCCGUCCAUCAACCCGGCGACGAGGACACUGAUCUUGACAGGUUACCCGAAUGUCGGCAAGUCUUCCUUCAUGAACGUAGUGACGAAUGCGAAUGUCCUUCGCCCCUUUGACCGCCCGCAGCUGCGCUGCUCGUUUUGUUACUUAUUGUUUGUUUGUUCUCCUUCUCGCUCUCUCUGUCUCUUUUUCUCUUUUCUCUCUGCCUGCAGCCGU